ACUUUUUAAGUCGUUUUCACUUGAAUAAGUAAUAUUAAGUAACUAUUUAUGUUAUUAGUAUUAAUUAUACCUUUUUAUGUCAAAUAAAAUCAAAUUACAUGUUUCUAUAACAAUAUAUCAAACCACAUAAAUUAUGUACAAUUUGGAAGGAAGCAGCCAAGCCAAGUCACACUAUUCCAUAGCCUCGCUCCUCUCUCUGUUUUAGUUGUUUAUAUUUGUAUGGCUGAAAACCUAAAAAAUAAAAACCUGACAAAAAAAAUAUAGAUAUACAUGGCAAUGGUAGCAAGUUUGACGCCUAAAUUAUCAGUAAAAUCCAACUAGACCAUGACUUAUUAGGAACCUCACCAUUACUAUCCUCUUCAUCAACAUUAUCUUCAUGACUAUAGAGAGAGAGUUGCUUUUUCAUAGAAUAAGAAUAAAGUUAAAUUUGAGGGGAGAGAAAUCUUGAUAGAGAGAGUUGGACUAUGUGCCACCUCAAUAUUUGUGUUUUAAGAGUCCCUCAUUUACACUAGGAAGAUUCUCGGAUUGUUUAUAAACUUUCUUCAUCAAACUUGGAAAACGGUGAGGUCAGAUUUCAAAGAUUAUUUUCCUGGGUUUUUAAAGAUAAGAAGAGGAAGGUGAAUACUAGAGAAUAGCAGGAUUGUGCAAUAUCCCAACUGGGUUUCCUUCUUUAGAGAGAGAGAACAGAAGAUGUUGGAAGGAAAAGCCUUGGUAGAGGACACAGACAUGCCAGUGAAGAUGCAAAUCCAAGCAAUGGCUUCUGCUUCUCAAGCUUUAGAUCUGUAUGAUGUCUUUGACUGCAAAGCCAUUGCUGCCCACAUCAAAAAGGAGUUUGAUUUGAGAUAUGGGAGUGGAUGGCAAUGUGUGGUGGGAUCAAAUUUUGGGUGUUAUUUCACUCAUUCUGAAGGUACUUUCAUCCACUUCAAACUGGAGACACUCAAUUUUCUCAUCUUCAAGGGGGCUUCUUCUCCCUCCUCUGCCUAAGACUAGACUGGGUUGUCUUUGAUUGUAAAAAAGAAAAACAAGCCAAGAGAUGAAAAGAUACUAAGAUAGCAUUACCAGGGCCACACAUCCACAUGGGUUCUUUAAGAUUUUCAAAAAUGGCCGGAUGCACUGUAUGUAUACAUCUCAUGGUCUACACUGUAAUACCACCUUUGCAUGCCUUGUACCUGAUUGCUGCAUUUAGAGGAAAAAGAACGUGAAUUGAGAAUGAAAAUGUAGAAUAAACUGUUGAAAAAAGAGAAAUAUAUUGAGCUAUGGCUAAUGGACCAUUUAAACAGAAACAGACAUAAUUGUUUGACAGAGUGAUACCAA